UCUAGUGACCCAUUCACAUUGUCGAGAAAUACGAUCGCCGACAGUUAUCGUAGCGUAACCCCCCCAAAAAAAAGGAAGCGACCAUGGGGAGAGUUGCUACUACUACUCCACUGGGCGAGAGUCCCUCGCUAUCCCCAUCGGAAUUCCAACUGCCAUCCAAAGCAUGUGGUAAUGGGGGGAACGUGUUUGUGACAGUUGGGACAACGUCAUUCGACGCACUCGUUAAAGCCGUUGACACGGAGGAGUUUCGAGACAUCUUAAGGAGUAGAGGUUACAACUCGCUGACCAUGCAAAUCGGCAGAGGACGGUAUAUUCCAUCCUGUGGCUGCGGAGAUGAUUCUUCUUCGGAAAAGGAAGGGGAGUCCAUUUCGUACUCGUGCAAGGAGGAGGAGGAGGAGGAGGAGGAGGAGGAGGAGAGCAACACAGAGAGAAAUUCCAAGAAGACGAGGAAACAAUCAGAAGACAACAACAGUCGAUUCGCUUCCUCUUCCACGUCCUCUUUGUCUGGGGAGGCAUCUACUUUCUCUGUGCGAGGCUUUCGAUUCCGCCCGUCCUUGGCUGCCGACAUGCAAUCGGCGGCAUUAGUCAUAAGCCAUGCCGGCUCAGGAAGCAUCUUUGAGGCACUCAAGUACAUGCGCCCUCUCGUGGUCGUCGUGAAUGAAGACCUCAUGGAUAAUCAUCAGAAGGAGCUGGCGUCUGAGCUGGCCUCGAGAAAACACCUCUUUUACGCUUCUUGUAGCAACCUGGCGGAUGUAAUGAGGACCGUUGAUUUGUCGUCUCUUGUCGAGUACCCAGCCGGGGAUCCCGACCGAUUUGUCAAAUCCAUUGGGGAAUUCCUAGGGUUUCCGCCAUCACUCUAACCAAAUAACAAAAUACAAACAGGCUAACAGAUUACAGUUGCAAAUCAAUAAUAAAUUAAUAAUGCGAGA